UCUCUUCUGUCUCUGUCUAUUGCCUCGCAACUUCGGGGGCGAAAAAGCAUGGAAAAGGAGGCGAAAGGGGAGGGAGGAUUGUCGAUCUGAACUCGCCAGAAGGAAAGAAACCCAUUUUCUAUGAGUCGUUGCGGAGCCGGAAAAAGCGGGAAAGUUUUCUUUUUGUCCUUCGGAAGGAACAGAGCAUAGUUAGGGAGUGAGUGAAAGGAGUGAGUGGGUGAGUGUGUGUGUGUGUGUGUGUGAUCGGUGGUGAUCAUGGGGGGUGUGACGUCCUCGAUGGCGGCCAAGUUCGCCUUCUUCCCGCCGAGCCCGCCGUCGUACAAGCUGGUGACGGACGACCUGACGGGGCUGCUGCUGCUCAGCCCGUUCCCGCACCGGGAGAACGUGGAGGUGCUGCGGCUGCCGACGCGGCGGGGGACGGAGGUGGUGGCGGUGUACGUGAGGCACCCCAUGGCCACCUCCACCCUCCUCUACUCCCACGGCAACGCCGCCGAUCUGGGCCAGAUGUACGAGCUCUUCAUCGAAUUGAGCAUCCACUUGCGCGUCAAUCUCAUGGGGUACGAUUAUUCAGGGUAUGGACAAUCAUCUGGAAAGCCAAGCGAGCAGAAUACUUAUGCGGAUAUAGAAGCUGCAUACAAGUGUCUCGAAGAUAGUUAUGGCGCUAAGCAGGAAGAUAUCAUCCUUUAUGGACAAUCUGUUGGUAGCGGCCCCACUGUGGAUCUUGCUGCAAGACUGCCUCAGCUAAGGGCUGUUGUUUUGCACAGCCCUAUACUUUCUGGUGUGAGAGUCAUGUAUCCUGUAAAGCGUACAUACUGGUUUGAUAUAUACAAGAAUAUUGACAAAAUUCCACUGGUUAAUUGUCCAGUCCUCAUCAUUCAUGGAACUGCAGAUGAAGUUGUCGAUUGCUCCCACGGGAAGCAACUAUGGGAACUGUGUAAGGAGAAGUAUGAACCCUUAUGGAUUAAAGGCGGAAAUCACUGUGAUUUAGAGCUCUACCCUGAAUAUAUAAGGCAUCUUAAGAAGUUCAUAACUACUGUCGAGAAGUCUCCUUCCCAAAGAUACAGCUCCAGGCAAAGCACGGAUCAGUUUGAACAGCCCCGCAAGAGCACUGAUGUGUACGAAGUGUCUAGAAAGAGCACCGACAGGAGAGAGAAGCCGAGGAAGAGCACGGACAGGCCUGAGAAGCUGAAAAAUCAGGGUCUCAGUGCUGAUAAGCUUGAGAAAUUACGAAUGUCUUUUGACCACAUGCAAAGGUCCCGGAGAAGUGUGGAUUGCCACGAGAAAUCCAGAAAGAGCAUCGAUCACCAGUUGGAAAAGGCACGGAAGAGCGUCGACCGGUUGGAUCGGAUACGAAAUGGAUAAGAUUUUAAAACAGAUACCAGAAGCGAAACACAGCAACCCGAUCAUCCUAUCUUGUCAAAUUUACCACUGUGUAAUUUUAUGCAUGACCUUGGUUGUGUGGGCAUUAUUGGUUUACUUGGAUUAUGUUUUCUCUGGUUGUGUAGUUGGCUCCGGCUGUGGGAUCUCUAUAUCACUAUGGCAAAAAGAAAAGAGGUUUUGGCGUUUAAUUGAA